UUAGGUUAUGUUUAGUUACGAGGAUAUCGAAAGGAAAAUCUUUAUUUUUUUGUCUAUAAUUUCUAACUAUAAAUACAAAUAUACACAUGAACCCUUUACAGUAAAAAUCCCUAGUUUUAUAACGUAUGUAAAUUAUAUGCUAUGAUACGAAAUCGGAAAUCCUUGACUUUAUAACAUUGGCAAUUGUUUGGCCUUGAAAAGUAUUAAGGAAGCUAUGUUUGUUGUUACCUGUGGAUGAUUAAGUUAAAGUUUGUAAUGGUGUUUUGAAAUAAUAACGCAGUCAUUUACAUGAGUGUAUUUUCAAUCCCACGGAACAUAUGAUUAAGAAACAAUAGUUUUGCUUUGAAUGUUGGAUGAUAACUGCAAUGGAAGGAUCUUCUAGGUCAUACUCAACCCACGAUUACCCUUUGGCAUGUUCAACCAAGGAAUACAUGAGUAGUCCACCUAAAAAGAAGCACAGCAUGGUUCUCAAUCUUGGAAAUAGGAGCUCUAGUAUUUUUGGUGCCGACCAAACUCCAACACCUACCCGAUUCAUCCGUAAUUGUGAAGAAGUCGGCCUUUUUCAAGACUUGCAGAAUGUCAAUCCGUUUGAAGAGACAUUUAGAAAGGCAGUUGAGUCAGGAAAAACAGGCAGUUUGGCUUUACAGGAAACGAGAAUGGCAGCUGUUACAGACGACACAUUACACACACCCCAUGUAUUUCCACACAUCAUAGAAAAUGAAUCUAUAAACCGAAUAGAGUCCACCCAAAAACAGCCAGUGCAGAACAAAACAGUAAAUGGAGCAGAGAGGGAAUGUGGAUACAAACCUACACCUCCAGUCAAGGUGAUAAGGCAAGAGGCCGAUACUUCUCAGCUCCGACCAAUAGCUCCGUCCUCUAACAGCAAACCCGGAACCAGUGGGUACCAACCUGUUCAACUCCUUCUGAAAAUGCCCGAUGGUAGACUGAUGCAACUUAACGCCACUCCGGUUGACUCUGACAAAAAAGUAGAUCUUCAAGGUCCAGUGGAUCUUGUUGCACGAGUCAGUCAACCAAAAGCUGAUGCAGGAACUGUCAUUCUGCACACUAGCCCAGAGAAGAAGCAGGAGUCAGAUAAUAUAUCUCCACUCAUAAAAGAGAAGUUAAAAGCUCGUUUGGGGAAUUUGAGUGCAAAUAUUCAGGCUGAAAGGCCAAAUAUGGACGAUCCAAAGAUAUUUGAAAGAGGCCAUAGAGAAGAAGGAUCUCAUCACAAAAGAUCUUCUUCAACCUCAAAUGCAAGUAAUAGUGAGGAUGAUGAGGAAACAAAGAGACGCAAGUUUCUUGAAAGGAACAGGGCUGCUGCAAUGAGGUGCAGAGAAAAGCGCAAGUUUUGGGUGGCUACCUUGGAGCAACGAGCCGAGAAGAUGAUGACAGCCAAUCAGCAGUUGCAGCUUGAGGUCGGAGCCUUACGAGCAGAAGUCGCUCAUCUCAAGACUCUGCUAUUGGCCCACAAGGACUGUCCAGUCACACAGGCGAUGUGCAACAACGGUGCCAUGGCUGCUGGGUCGGUGAUGAUCCCAGUGGAAGUAGAGCCUUUAGUGAUCAAACCUCUGAAUCUGGUAGAACUGUCUAAACCCUUGACUAUGGAGGAAGCUGUAUUUCGUCAAAACCUCAAAAAGAAAUUAAGAACAGUUUCAGUCAAAAAGACCUCCUCUCAAAAUGACAAGGAAAAAAAGAACCAAAAUAUUAUACCUAAGAAGAGGCUCUCAUUAGACAUAGGAUCUGCAAAACAGUCUCAAUGCUUGGAUGGGGAAAAUUCGACGUUAGUUAAAAGUGCACAGUAUUUUAGUUCAACUCUUCUUUCAAGUGAGCCUUUAGAAUUGGACAGUUUCAAAGACAUGGCACGACCAGUAGCCACACAAGUUAUUCAAGUCAAUCCUAAUGCAUUGUUUAGAGACAGCGGUGGUGUUCGAAUAUCACCCCCUAUCAUGGAGGGGGCUUUGUUACCACUAACUUUAAGUUCUCAGACAAAUUGUAUUGACUACAGCUGAUUGCCUUUUACAUAUGUCUAAAAGUCAUAAACCAUGUGCCUAAGCUCAAACUGUGAUUAUUAAUAUCUUUAGCUUGCCAAAAGUAAAAAUUGUUUGUUAAUAUUGUUGGAUUGUUUUGUACAUGUUAAGUUUAUUGAGCUGAUAAUAAUUAAUAAUUGCGUAUUAAUAUUGUUAAUUUGUACCGAUGAAGGAUUUUGGUAUGUUCUAUGAAGCGCAAGUAAAAUAUGAAAUAUAUAUUUAUUAAUACUUAAA